UGCGCCCGAGGACUAAGUUACUAAGCUUAUUUAUUAGGGCUGACCGACCGGCCAAAGAAUCGGGGCUAAAUAUUUGAGCUGGACCUAGUUCGGAGGGAGAAAAUGGCAUUCCCUGGCAAACAAUAUGGGCUUAUCACUAAAGCCAAGAAAUCCUCUGCUCCAGCCCUGAAGAAGGCUUCUAUUUUCAAUGAAUCAAGUGAUGAAGAAGAGAAUGUUACUACACUAGAGAUGCAGAAGAAGAGACAAGCAGCUAUGCAAACCAAAAUUAAGAAACAGACGCAGCUUGAAAUCCAAAGAGCUCUUGAGGCCGAUCCCACUGUGUAUGAAUAUGACAGCAUCUAUGAUGACAUGGAGAAGAAAAAGGAAGAGAAGCUUAUUGCGUCAAAGAAGAAAACAGAUGGAAAUAAGCCUAAAUAUAUUGAGAGUCUUUUGAAGUCUGCGGAGCUGAGGAAGAAAGAGCAGGAAAGGCGUAAGGAAAGGAAGAUACAGAAAGAGAGGGAGAAAGAAGGGGAGAUGUAUGGUGACAAGGAGGCCUUUGUAACAUCAGCCUACAAGAAAAAGAUGCAGGAACUGGCAGAAGAGGAGGAAAGGGAGAGGAAGGAAGCAGAAGAAGAAGCUGCAAAUGAUGUGAUGAAGCAGAGUGAUCUAUCAGGUUUCUAUCGUCACAUUCUGUCUCAAACCACGGGAGAUGUGAAGGUCAAGGAAGAGAAAUCAUCAGAUGAUGAAGGGAUUAAGAGAAAAGUCAUGGCAGAAGUAGAAAAGAAGCCAUUCAAAACAGAGAGACAUUCUGGUCUCAAUCUUAAAGCCAGAGAUAAAUCUGACUCGUCAAGACACCAAGGUAACAUAGACAGACACAGAAGGGGUGCAUCAAGCAGCGAUGAUGAUGAUGACGAUUACAGACAUAUCAAAGACCGUCAACGAAGAGAUGUCAGGGACUCGGCGCAUAGGCACAGCAGGAAUGAGAGACGUGAUGACAGAAGGACUGAGAAAUAUAAGGAGAGAAGGGAUGAGCCUCAUCAACAUAGUAGCAGUCAUCGUCGAGAUGAUAGCAGAGGGCGCCAUGGUGAUGGCAGAAGACAUGACAACAGCAACCGGAGAGGGGGCAAUGAAAGAGAUAGGCAUUGGCAUGACGGGAGAGAUUCUUGUAAUGAUAGACAAGAGGGAAAGGAUAAUGCAAGAAAGGAGAGAGAAGUUAAAAGUGAAAGAACUGAGAUCAGGGAGAAACCAGAAUCCUCUAAAGAAGGUAGUAAAAUGGCAGAGAAGCUGUCUCCUGUUGCCAAUCCAGAUGCCGAUAGUGAUUUUGAGAUUGACUCUGAGGAUAGUGAUGUUGAGAAAGCUAAACCAGCUCUAGAUAAAGCAGAAGUGACUUCUAAAGUGAACUCUGGAAAGAAGGAAGCCAAUGAAGAUGAGGAGGCAAAGUAUAAGUUUGUUAAGAGGACUGGAAAUGAGACUGUGAUAUCAGCUAGAGAUAGAUAUCUUGCUAGAAAAGCAGCAAGGGAUGUUGAUAAAACCCACGUCAAUCAGCAAGAUGGGAGUGAUGAUAGGAAGAAGGAAAGAGAAAACACAAGUAAAAGAAAUGAGAGCAGGAAGAAAGCAGAUUCCCUCAAGGAAGAUAGCCGACAGCCAGAUAGGGUGACCCCUGUUGCCAAUCCAGAUGCUGAUAGUGAUUUUGAGAUAGACUCUGAAGAUAGUGAUGUUGAAAAAGCUAAACCAGCUUUGGAUAAAUUGGGAAUAUCUUCCAGUUCCACACGAGACUUACAGGAGAGGGAAGAUAUUGAGGAAGCCAAAUCUAAGUUUGUAAAGAGAACUGGAAGUGAGACAGUGAUGUCAGCUAGAGAUCGAUACCUGGCUCGAAAAGCGGCUAGAGAUUCAAGUAAAACUCAUGUUAGUCGUGAGGACAAUUAACCUAUUGCCUUCAUAGUCCUAAGACCAUGUGUGACCCCUUUAUUGGAAUCAUAGAAUUAAUAAUUCAACAGGUUGAUUUAAUAUAGAGAAAGUAUUGUACCUGAUCGAGCAGUUAGGUACAUAAGGACAAUGCUGGGAAGUCACAGAAAUGGUCAUGUAAUGUCACAACAGAACAUUUGAAUUUAAUGCCUUAUGUAUCAAGCCUGAAUGUCAUUUCUUUUUUUAUCAAACAAUGAUAAAUUAGGUGGGUUUUUCAUGAAAGUUGUCAGCACUGACUUAAUUGUCAGUGCUGACCAUUUCAGUGAAAUCCUUGGAUAUGAUUGGCUGAGAGACACUGGCCUCUGACUGUUACUAUGGUAACUAUUGGAGAAAGACUACUUUUCAGUGCUGACAACUUUCAUGAAACAGUCCCCUGGCAUCACCAUUUUAUUCCUAUUGAACAUCUGAAGGCCUCUUUUGCAUUGUUGAUGUCAUCUUUACCAAGUACAAUUUUUGCUUUCCAAUGUAAACUGUUGGCAGCCAAAUAUGAUAAUUUUUUCAGUUGUGCAGGGAAUAGUUUUCCUUGUAUCGCAUCGCAAUCUGCCUAAAUUGUUUUAAAGACUGCUAGACAAAAAGUCUUUUGUAUAGCAGAAUUUUGAAUAGGACCGUACAGAACUUAGCUGAGAACUUUUAUGACCAAAAAUCCAUGCCGUGUGAUCGGAAGCACUACCACUGAAAAGUAUAUUGAGCUCACAUCGAGUACACAUUCAGUGAUGCCAUGGGCAUCAAAGCCGAAACAGGUUUGUGAUAUUCAGGUACUAGAUUUAUAAUGUAAAUAAAUAUAUAAAUUAAAAUGGCACUAAAAUGAACUACAAUCUGUUUCCCUAAAGUGAACAGUCGGCUUUUUCUUAUAAAAUUUUACACAUUCUGUAUGUAUGAAUGCAAGAGAAAUAAAUGUUGAACAGAAAAAGAUUGGGUAUAAAAUAUUUUUUACUUUGUUACAAGGGAGACAUACCAUACACAUAAAAAUAGGAAAUAAUUUUUGAUGUAAUAUUGUAAGAAAAUGGGGACAUGACAUCAUCAGCCCACCCAAAAGCAUAUUCACGCAUAUUUUUUCACAAAUUAUUAAUAGUUAUUAUUGUCAGAUUUUGAUGAAAAUUUCAUCAUUAUGCUUGGAGAAUUUUACUCUAGUAUUAAGAUGUAAUUAGUGCAAAAUGUUUAGGUACCUGAAAAAAAUCUCAUUUAAAGGACAAGUCCACCCCAACAAAAAC